AUGCGCCAAACAGAGAACCCCCUCUUAGCCCAGGUCCCACUGACCGUCUCCCCCUUCAUCACAUUGCCCAAAGCCCCGACAUUACCACACAACUACGCCAGUCUACCUUCAACCCUCCCACCCUCCAUCCUCAACCCAGACACCGAUGACCCCUCCGCACCCCCAGCCUACGUGACCUCAGGUACUGGCUUCCGCGCCCAUCCCUCGGCCAUCAUCGCGCAAAACAAAGCCCUCCGCGAACAACUCGACACCGCUGCCUCGGACGCCAGAACCAAGGUCCGCGAUUGGCGUGCCGCAAUCGAUGAGCGCGAGUUGGCCGAGAAGAGAAGGAAAGCUCCAGGCUGGCUGGACAGCGAUGCCAAGAUCUUGAGACCUGCGACGACGGUUCCGCUGCCGGAUACAAAGCCUGGUGCUAGUUUGUUGGAUGCCGAGGAUAACAAUACUGAUGCGCUGAGACCGCAAGAAUCUGGGAAUGAUAUGGGGUCGCAGAUGGAUCGUGCUUUUGGUUGA